AUGUCAUCUUUACAAUUUCAAUUAUCUCAAAAAUUAUUAUCUGACGGUGGAUAUUUUCCUACAAUAAAUCUUAUACAUUAUCGUAAUGGUGAUAGGGAACCAAUAAACCCAAGCUCUUCAAAUGAAAACACAAAUGAUGCUUACAAUUUUUAUGACAUAUUCGCAAAUCAGCAGUUUGAUUUCAACUUGUAA